AUGGCGGUGUGUCGGUGGUCCCCCUCCCCCCUGGUCCUCCUGCUGGUCUCCCGGUGUUGCUCGGGUUGGUUGCUGGGCCUGCGGCCGGAGGACACGGUGGGGGGUCGGGUGUCGCUGGAGGGGGGGACGCUGCGGGCGGCGGAGGGGAGCCGCUUCUCUCUCCGCUUGUAUUACCAGCAGCCCCCGGUGAACGGCAGCGGCCCCCGGCUGGUGUUCGUGGAGGAUCCGGCGGUGUGCGGGGAGGGGGGUUCCCCGGAUGUGGAGGUGUCGGGGCCCCUGGGGGCCCCCGGCGGAGGAUCCGCGGUGGUGGAGGUGCGGGUGGGGGGGUUGCGGAAGGGUGAGCGGGGGCGGGUCUUCUCGGUGUGCGCCUAUGAUGGGCGGAGUUGGGAACACCAUGGGGGCGGGGAGUUCUCCCUGGAGGUUCUGGAGGUGGAGAAGGGUCUGUCUGGGGGGGUGCGGGUGUUGGUGUCGGGGGUCCUCCUGGGGGUGUCGGCGAUAUUUGGGGGUCUGCGUCUCUCCCUCCUCUCCCUGGACCCGGUAGAGCUCCGCGUCCUGCAGAACAGCGGCUCGGAGGCGGAGAAGGCGCAGGCGGGGCGUGUCCAGUCUGUGCGGGGGCGGGGCUCCUUCCUGCUCUGCUCCCUCCUGCUGGGGAACGCUCUGGCCAACGCCUCCCUGGCCGGCUGGCUGUAUCGGGCCGUCCUCCCGGCGGAGCCGUGGUUGGCGGUCCUGGCGUGUACGGCGGGGGUCUUCCUGUGCGGGGAGGUGGCCCCCUAUUCCGUGUGUUCCCGCCACGGCCUGGCCAUCGCCUCGCGGAGCGUCUGCCUGAGCCGCCUGCUGAUGGCCGUCACCUUCCCGCUGUCCUUCCCUCUGUCCCGCCUCCUGGACUGGGCCCUCCGCCAGGAGAUCAGCACCUUCUACACCCGCGAGAAGCUGCUGGAGAUGCUGCGCGCCGCCGACCCCUACAAUGACCUGCUGAAGGAGGAGCUUAACAUCAUCCAGGGGGCGCUAGAGCUUCGCACCAAGGCCGUGGAGGACGUCCUCACCCCGCUGGGGGACUGCUUCAUGCUGCGCGCCGACGCCGUCCUCGACUUCACCACCGUCUCCCACAUCCUGCGCAGCGGCUACACCCGCAUCCCCGUCUACGAGGGCGACCACCGCGCCAACAUCGUGGACAUCCUCUUCGUCAAGGACCUGGCCUUCGUGGACCCCGACGACUGCACCCCCCUCCAGACUGUCACCCGCUUCUACCACCGCCCCCUCCACUGCGUCUUCAACGACACCCGCCUGGAUGCCGUGCUCGAGGAGUUCAAGAAGGGCAAAUCCCAUUUGGCAAUAGUUCAGCGAGUCAACAACGAAGGGGAAGGAGACCCAUUCUAUGAAGUGAUGGGGAUUGUAACCCUGGAGGAUAUCAUAGAAGAGAUCAUCAAAUCUGAAAUCUUGGAUGAGACGGAUCUGUACACUGAUAACAGGAAAAAGGAAAGAAUUCCCCAUCGAGAGAGGAAACAACAUGACUUCUCCCUAUUUAAGCUUUCUGACAGUGAGAUGAAGGUGAAGAUUUCUCCUCAGCUCCUCCUGGCCACCCAUCGCUUCAUGGCUACAGGUAAGUACUGCUAG